AUGUUCACAUUCGACGAUGUGGUCCUUACGCAUCAGGACAUUGAUCCCCGAAAUCUCAUUGUGAGAGACGAGGAUCAGGAGUUAUGCCUCAUCGAUUUCGGAAUGGGCGACGUUUAUCUGGUUGGUUUUGAGCAAGCUGCUUUGGCGAGACAGGGCCCUGGUGAAUGGGACCAAGAGUUUAGAGAGAUGGUUUCACCGAAGCUAUCCUACCAAGGAGAAGAAGAGCUCAAGCAACUGAGAGCCAUCAUGUACGGUCUCACUACGGGCGCCUUUUUGUAA